AUGCCACCAGCUCGUGCGCCUCCCAAGCGAGCAACAGCAGCAGCCGCAGGAUCCUCGUCAUCGUCUGCUCCAGCUCCCCGCACUCGAACAGCCAAGGCGGGACCAUCAGGAGGUGCGGAUGUCAAACCUAGGAUAGGUACUUCUUCCGCUGCCAAAGGUAAAGCACCCCUCCGACCAUCCAACACCGUCUCAACUACAGACAAGAAACCAGAGAUCAACAAGGGCGAAGAAGAAUGGGCUGAAUUGAUGAGGCAGACAUAUGGGAGUCAGAAGGGUGCGGAUUGGUACGCCAAGGGAGUGAAGAGUGUCGAGGAUAAAUGGGAACUUUUACCUGCAUUUUUAAAAGUGAAAGGAUUAGUGAAACAGCAUUUAGAUUCAUUCAAUUACUUUGUCAAUGUGGAUAUCAAAGCUAUCCUAGCUGCCAAUUCUCACGUUAUAUCAGACAUCAACCCUUAUUACUAUAUACGAUAUUUGGAUAUUCGAGUUGGUCAACCUGCAAGACACGAUACCAAUCAAGUUGCCAAUGUCCUUACACCGAUGGAAUGUCGAUUGACAGAUUCGACUUACAGCGCACCGAUCUUUGUGGAUAUUGAAUACCAAGGUGAAGAGAAGAAGAAUCGACAGAGAGGAGUUCAGAUUGGAAUGUUACCUGUGAUGCUUCGGAGUGAUCUGUGUCAUCUGAAAAAUAAGAACGAACAGGAAUUAGCAAGGAUGGGGGAAUGCCCGAUGGAUCCAGGUGGUUAUUUCGUAGUGAAAGGGACAGAAAAGGUAAUCUUGGUACAGGAACAAUUGAGUAAGAAUAGAAUUAUAGUAAUGAGAGAUCCAAAGAAGGAUGAAACUACUGCAGAGGUAACCUCAUCCACCCACGAUCGAGUUGUGAAAACAUACGUGACCACCAAGAACAAACGAUUAUAUCUUCGGCACAACUCUUUCAAAGAAUACAUUCCCAUCGUCAUCGCCUUGAAAGCAAUGGGUAUAACAUCCGACAAGGAAAUCUUACAGUUGAUUUGUGGAUCCGAUGAGAGGUAUCAAGAAGCUUUUGGUGUAUCCUUAGAAGAAGCUGCGAAAGAGAAGACCUUCACCAGGAGACAAGCGUUGGAAUGGAUCGGCGCGAGAGUAUCGCCCAACCAGGCUAAAGAUGACGGUGGAUCGUACGGUCAGAAGCUGACUCCGGUGGACAUCGCCCAACAAGCUCUUGCAGCGAUGGUGCUAGGUCAUGUACCAGUCAGAAACAUGAACUUUAGGCCGAAAUGUAUCUACCUCGCGACCAUGUCUAGAAGGGUGUUGAUGGCGAUGAUCGAUGAACAUAUGGUGGAUGAUAGGGAUUAUGUCGGUAACAAGAGACUGGAACUUGCUGGUCAGCUACUCUCCCUCCUUUUCGAAGAUUCCUUCAAAACCUUCAACAGCGAACUGAAACGACGUAUGGACAAGAUCCUCGAGAAGAAGCAGCGUGCCGGUCCAUUCGACGCUGGUUCACUCAUUCGACAGGGUGGAGAUCCCAUCACCUCAGCAUUUGUCAGAUCCAUCUCAACCGGUAACUGGUCCUUGAAGCGAUUCCACGUUGAGCGAGCCGGUGUCACCCAUGUGCUCUCCAGAUUGAGUUUCAUAGCUGCUUUAGGAAUGAUGACUCGUAUCUCCUCACAAUUCGAAAAGACCCGAAAGGUAUCUGGUCCUAGAGCUUUACAGCCGUCUCAGUGGGGAAUGUUGUGUCCUUCCGAUACGCCCGAAGGAGAAGCUUGUGGAUUGGUGAAGAAUUUAGCUUUGAUGACUCAUAUCACCACCGAUGUUCCUGAAGAACCAUUAUUGAAGAUCGCUUUCUUGCUUGGUGUAGAAGAUAUAUCGCUGUUGACCGGAAACGAACUCUACAGACCUGGUGUACACCUUGUCCAAGUCAACGGUACAUUGAUUGGAGUUACGCAUCUAGCCAAAAAAUUUGUUAGAACAUUUAGAAAAUUAAGAAGGGCAGGACGAACUUCGGAAUUUGUCUCGAUCUACAUCAAUCAUCAUCAACGUACAAUAUAUAUUGCCUCAGAUGGUGGACGAAUUUGUCGACCGAUGAUCAUAGUGGAAAAUGGACAAUCUCGAGUAACAUCUCAGCAUAUGAAACUACUCAAAGAGGGUAAAGUGACAUUCGAUCAUUUCCUAAGAUCCGGUUUGGUGGAAUAUCUAGAUGUAAACGAAGAAAACGAUUCUUUCAUUGCUUGUUACGAAAGUGAGAUCGUCAAGGAAACGACUCAUUUGGAAAUUGAACCGUUCACUAUCCUAGGUGCUGUAGCUGGAUUGAUUCCUUAUCCUCAUCACAACCAAUCACCCCGAAAUACCUAUCAAUGCGCGAUGGGUAAACAAGCCAUCGGAGCUAUUGCUUAUAACCAGCUAAAUCGUAUCGACACCUUGUUAUAUCUCAUGACCUAUCCUCAACAACCUAUGGUGAAGACCAAGACUAUCGAAUUAGUAGGAUACAACAAGUUACCUGCUGGACAAAAUGCCACUGUCGCGGUUAUGUCAUAUAGUGGAUACGAUAUCGAAGAUGCUUUGAUUCUGAAUCGAGCUUCGGUCGACCGUGGAUUCGGAAGAUGUCACGUCUUGAAGAAACAGACUAUUCCUAUGCGAACCUUCGCCAAUGGAUCUCACGAACGAACGGCCUAUCCUGAUCCAUUGCCUCGUCCUGAUGCUUAUGCGUUCAUAGAUAGAGCAGACGGUAUGACAGCUCCAGGAGCGACUAUCAACCAAUUCGACGUGAUGAUCCAUCGAGAAACGCCUAUCGAUACUCGUGGACCAUCAGCUGAUGGAGGUGGAUACAAGCCUUCUCCGAUUACUCACAAAUUACCUGAACCGAUCCAAAUCGAUAAAGUCAUGAUUACCGAGGGAGAAGAUGGAUCACUCAUCAAGAUUUUGACUAGACAAACUCGUAGACCGGAAUUAGGCGAUAAGUUCUCUUCGAGACAUGGUCAAAAAGGUGUAUGCGGUUUGAUUGUACCUCAGGCAGAUAUGCCGUUUAACGAUCAGGGGAUCGUACCUGAUAUUAUCAUGAAUCCACAUGGUUUCCCUUCUCGAAUGACUGUGGGUAAGAUGAUAGAGCUCCUAUCAGGAAAAGCGGGAGUUUUAGCUGGUAAAUUACAAUAUGGAACUGCGUUCGGAGGAUCCAAAGUGGUCGACAUGUCUCAAAUCUUGAUUGAGAAUGGAUUUUCAUACGCUGGGAAAGAUAUGUUGACUAGUGGUAUUACUGGUCAACCCAUGGAAGCCUAUGUGUAUUUCGGACCGAUCUAUUAUCAGAAAUUGAAGCACAUGGUGAUGGACAAGAUGCAUGCUCGACCUACCGGUCCACGAGCGAACUUGACAAGACAACCUACAGAAGGUAGAUCCAAGGAUGGUGGUUUGAGAUUGGGUGAAAUGGAACGUGAUUGUCUUAUCGGAUACGGAGCAACCCAACUCUUACUCGAACGACUCAUGAUCUCCUCUGACGCGUUCGAAACUCAAGUAUGUGAGACCUGCGGUAUGUUGGGGUACAACAACUGGUGUCCUAAAUGUAAGAGUGGAAAAGGUGUGAUAGGGUUGACUAUACCCUACGCAGCGAAAUUGUUAAUUCAGGAGUUGAUGGGUAUGAACAUCAUGCCCAAGUUGUGUAUGGAAGAUACCGUAUAA